AUGCAAACGUUAAGUUCUUCUAGCAACGAAUUGGUGAACGAUUUUGAAGAAGUUCUCAAGGAUUGUGAAGAGAAAAAACCAAAACUCCCAAGGAGAAGAUUAAAUAAGAAGCGGAUUUCUGUUCCUGAAUUAGUACAUGAAGAAGACGAAGAAAAUCUUGAUGAUUUUGUUGAACCAACAACGGCUGUUUCUAACGAUAAAGUAGGGAAGAAGAGACAGAGGAAGGAAAAAGAUGAGUCUGGUCUUGAAAGGACGAAGAACAAGAAGAAGAAGAAGAAGAAGCAAGAUUCUGUUCGUGAUGAUCUGGAAAACUCCUUAGAGAUUAACGAGAUGUGGGAUUCAAUUACGAACAACAACAACAACAACAACAGCUCCAAGGAUGGUGAUAGUGUCGCAGCAAACCGUUCUAAGAAAAACGAGGUUGAUGAUGAGAUAGAGAAACUGUUCAAGUCGAUGAAAAAGAAGAGCAAGGCGGAGAAAAACAAUGCUGAGAUUGCGAUGCAAGUAGAGCAAGUGAUGGCAAAUCUUGAACUCGCUGUAGAAGACGAUGUUGAGCUGAACAAAGAAGGAAAACCCGCCAUUAAUAAGCUCAUGAAGUUACCUCUUCUCACUGAAGCUCUCUCAAAAAAACCUCUUCAAGCUGAGUUCUUAGACCAUGGAGUACUUAACCUUCUCAAGAAUUGGCUCGAGCCGCUUCCUGAUGGUAGCUUACCGAAUAUAAACAUCCGCACUGCUGUUUUGAAGAUUCUCAACGAUUUACGUAUAGUAGAUGUAGAUCAACAACAUUGUAGAAGAGAACAGUUGAUCAAGAGCGGUCUCGGGAAGGUCAUAAUGUUCUUAUCAAAAUCAGAUGAAGAAACUACAUUUAAUAGGAGACUCGCUCAUGACCUAGUCAACAAAUGGGGCCGUAUCAUUUACGAUAAGAGCACAAGAUAUAAGGACAUGUAUAGCCAGGAGGAACGUGAAGAGCAUCAGCAAAUGCUUUUAAGAAGACAGAACAAGACGGCUCCUAAGGUGUAUGAAACAAAAGCUCGAGACUUUGAUAUAGAUGUCGACUUUUCUGAGGAACCAAAAUCCAAGCUAGCACGUAGUAAAGAAGUAGGAAGAGCAAGAGUACCAACAGCAAUAUCAAUGGACUUUUCGAUCCGUCCUAAGCCGAAAUUCGACAAAGAUCUUGAAGCUCGUGCUAGGAUGCAAAUGGACAAUAAAAGCAUCCAUGAAAAAAUAAUGUCCAAACUGAAGAGGCAAAAGGUGAUCAGGAAGAAAAGCCUCCUUUCAACAAAGCUUAGUGCAGAUGGUCGCACUAUGCUAAAGUAUUUGUAG